AUGCCACCAUCGCCCCCUAUACAACAACAACAGCAAGAAGUAACGGCGACACUAACAAGUUCCAGAGCCUCAAAUUUAAUUCAAGAUAUCAUUAGCGAAGAACCUUCACCUCCUUAUACUCCAUAUCCUUCACCGGGUGAACAAUCGUUACUAUUUGGACCUCAAAGACCCUGGGAAACUACAAUAAAUCCCCAAUCAACACAUCAGCAACAGUCAUAUUUAUCUAGUAUCCCGCAGGAUAUAUAUGCGCGAAAUGUCACAAUACUGGAUUUAAAAGACCCGGAAAACCAUGUCGAAAAUGUUGGGAUUUAUUUUUAUUACCCGCAUUCCAUCUUUAUAACACUAAUAAUUCAUCAAAAUUAUUUACCAUUAAAUCAUUCGAGUAAUAUAAGUAGUAGUGGGUCAGCAUAUAAUAUUACUGGGGGUAAUGUUAUGUUCGCGAAACCAGGGGACGCUGCUCUUGGUGGUUGGUUAUGUACGAAUUGUCGAGGAUCAGGACAAACGCAAUCAUUAAUGGGCGGUGGAUUAUGUUCAAGAUGUCGUGGAGUCGGUCGACUAUUUCAAUAA